GUAGGGUGUGUAGGGAGUGUUAUUGAGUGUUUUGUGUGUGUUGUAGGGUGUAUAGGGAGUGUUAUUGAGUGUUGUGCGUGUGUUGUAGGGUGUGUAGGGAGUGUUAUUGAGUGUUGUGUGUGUUGUAGGGUGUGUAGGGAGUGUUGUGUGUGUAAUGAGGAUGGAGAGGAGCGACGCUCACAACAACUAGCGGAGCGCCAGGCGUCUAAAACGCACAAAGUUGGCACAUUUGGGGGUGAGAUACGGCUGGGUGGCAUCUAUCGGUCAUCUACCAGUCAGCCAGCCCAUGGCAUCUGCUGGGUCUGCCCCUCAUCUUGAAGUGCCUCGUGAAGUAACAGAAGUGACUGUGUGUGUGUUAUUGCGUGGCCAGUAUAAAGUGUUAAGAGAGGCUAAUUCCCCAGUCCCCACCCCUGUUCUAUGGUUUGUGUUGUGCGCGAUCCAAUGAGAAAGCUAAGAUUUUAACGUUACUUUCAAGCACCGUAUUAAAUUGAAAACGCUGUUGCGUUUGCAGAUGAGUGACGUCUGUUAAAAUUGCUUUGCCAUUGUUAGUCCUUAACAUUUUCUGACCCAUAUUAGAUUUGAUUAUACAGUAUUCUCCCAACUGUAAUAAUCCGGUAUGUGCACGAGGAAACCCACUUUCAUAUUCUUAGGUUUUUUCGGUAAAGCCACGUAGGCAAAACAUCAAAAUCAACAAAAAUAAAAUAAAACAAAGAUCACGACGCCUCGGAGGCAACACAAGUCUCCGUCAUCAGGGAAGGAUGAACUUGAGCAGUCUCGACACGGAGCUUUUCCCUGUAGGAUUGCCACGGCCCGGAGACGUGAUUGAGCUGCAUGGACCAGAGGGCAGCGGCAAGACGGAGGUGGUGUACCGCCUGCUGGCGAGUUGUGUUCUGCCUGUGGAGGCGGGGGGAUUGGGGAUGCGUGCCAUCCUGCUCGACAUCGACCUACACUUCGACCUCCUGCGUCUCGUCGGACUGCUGGAACGCCGAAUUCGUGCUGCCAAGCAACGCCCAGGGCAAGCUGGCGACCAUGCCAAUAGCCACAUUGGUGCCAGCGUGGGUGGUAGUGAUGGCUGUGCAGAUGGAAUUGUAGAAACAGGUGGAAACUGUGCCAGUGGCUGUGGUAGGGGAGGCCAUGGUGGUAGUAGGAACUGUGUUACUGGUAGCACAAGUGGCCCUGGAGACCCAACUGGCGACAAACAAUGCCUCCUCGGUGGCAACAGAGUAGUUUGUGAAAAUAAAUGCCAUGUUGAUGGUGACAGAGAUUUGAUAACGGAAGACGAUGAUGAUGAGGCUGCGGCAGAGCUGGCGCUACGGGAGUGCCUCAGCUGUCUGUCUAUAGCCACGUGCCACACUGCCUCGCAGCUUGAACUGACACUGCUGGCACUAGAGGAACAGGUGGCAUUGCCUCCACUUUUGGGCUCGAGCCGCCCGCAUGUGGGAUUGCUGGUGCUCGAUGGGCUCUCAGCAUUCUAUUGGAUGGACCAACCUUGCCCGGGCAGCACCAGUGUGACGGAGCGCUGCUGCGAGGUGCUCAACCGCAUGGCACGCCAGCAAGGCCUGGUACUCAUCGCCACCACACAACAGCUGUUCAGACCAUGGCGGCAGCAGGCGUCACACGGUGCAGGGCCUCGCCCUCUCCUCGGCAGGACCUGGCAUGCGUUGGUGACACUGCGCUUUGUAUUCGGUCGUGACGACGGUGUCCAGGGGACAGUGACUUCGAAGACUUUCUCCUUGGAGCUCGACCGGGCUCCGGGCGGCACCCAUUUCCGGCGCUCGUUCGUUAUUAGUGAAGAUGGCGUGCGGUUGUUGUAGUAUCUGCCACGCGGAGACACGUGUAAAUUUUGCAGCCUGGUUGGUGUGCACAUGUGAUUCGAUAUCUGUAAUGUGGGCUUAGAGAAUUUAUUUUGAUCGACGAGGCAAUGCAUUAUUGCACACCUAAUGCACUGUAUAUGUUUCUGUGUGAGAGCGUUAAUGAUGAUCAUGCAGAUUUGUGAAGCUCGCAAAUCUGUCUGGGCUGUGAGACGACCAAAAACGAGAUGGGUUGAUGAACCUAUAUUUUCAAACAUUUUGAGUGUUAUCCCCUGGCACACGUGGUGAGUGUUAUCCAGCUACGGUUUUCUUCCCACAGGAAGCAAUAUGCCUAUUCAAAAGUAGUUGGUCAUACAUCCCUUGGCAGGAUCCUGCGCAUAGGAAUUUAUUCUUUUAUUCGUGUUUUAAUAUUAUUCACGUGACCCGUCGCAGCCACUACAAAUGCUACAAUGCAUAACAAUGGUAAAAGAAGCAUUGAUACUCAAAUCAAAUCGUGACAAUUGCAUAGCCACGUGUUAAUAAUCACGGCUUGCAUGGUAACUCUCUAGUCCCGAUCCGCUUUCAAUCAUUGCAAUAAUUUGCACUAUGUACUCAUUUUAGUCUGAGUGUACAUUAAAAAAAGCCAGAUGAGGUUAAGUAUCCAUAUGUAUAGAAAAAUGUAUACUCAUGCUUAUUUGUGGCCCUAUAAAUUCAUACUAUGAUAUCCCAAAUGACAGUGUUUAGAGAUUGAAUACUUAGAGAUUUAAUACCUAUUCAGAAAGUUAGAAUUUGGUUGUAAGUUGACUCGGUCCAUCAUAUGGCCAGGGCAUGAUAAAAUAAUUACCACUUGAGAAGUCAAAUGUUUGCGCUACAGAGAGACUGACAUGGACAUUUUAUGAAUGGAAUUUCGCUCGCACGCGGAAACAGUCCCGUGUACCAAAGCUGUGUCCAAAGCCAUCUAAGCAGAGGUGAUCUUGAGAAGUUACUUCGAGGGUAAGAGUGACGUCUGGUACCAUCGUGGAGGGCAGAGAGACGAUGCGUGAGCAAGUUAACAACCACAGUCGUUUGUGUUAUGGAAAAAACCAAACUGGCCUCGUCCAAAUUAAUGUGAAAUUUACACCACUGGUUGCACGAGUGCCGCAAACGGAUACAUAAGCACUAACCCGUUCUUGUACGUUUGAUCCACUGUGAUAAUUCUCGUGUUUACAUAAAAGUGCACCUACAUACUCUGUCCAUUCGUAUAAAUUGUUGCUUUUAUAAUACAGCAAAGCAUCACGGAGGCUCGGGCAGCUUUGGCAUUAGGAUGGUUUAGUGAGUUCCUUUACGAGAUCAGGGGCGAUUCAUUAAAAACGCAAUCAUCUCUUGACAUAUGAACGAUACAGCAAUCUAUUCCUCUCGACGAGCUCUACACGAUGCGCUAAUCAAAGUUUAAAAGUUUUGUUUCUUCUGCGCAUUCGUCCUCGCUGCUGCGCUUGAACGACACGACAACGGAAUGAUCCGCGCCACGUGGGUCACGGCGUUUAUAUGCGCGGUGGGACGGAGUCGCCAAAAAUAAAUACAUU